AACAAUUUGAUUUUUUACCCACACAUCUACAUUCCUUUUUAUUUUCGUGUGUUUAUUAAGUUUUCACCAACUAUAGUCUUUCCUUAAACUACUAUUUCCAACUACUACUACUACUCGUUUUAUAUUAAAUCAAAAAGUUUUGAACAAUGAAAUAUUCUACUAUUGCUUUAUUAGCUGUUGCCACCACUGCUUUAGCAGCUCCAAUGCAACAUCAACACCACCAACAUCAUGAACACGCUGAAAAGAGAGAUAUUGUCACCAAGAUUGUUUACGUUGACUCUCAAGGUAACACCAUUGCUGCCCCACAAGCUCCAGCCACCAACUCUGCUGACUCUGUUGCAACUUCUACUGCUGUUGCCACUCCAGCUGAAACUACCCAAGCUGCCUCUCCAACUAAGUCCGCUGCUGCCCCAUCCUCAGCUCCUUCUUCAUCUUCUUCAUCUUCUUCAUCUUCUUCCCAAGGUGGUAUCCAAGGUGACUUGAAGUCCUUUUCUGGUCCAAACCAAAAGUUUGAAGAUGGUGUUUACGACUGUUCUUCUGUUCCAACCGGUCAAGGUGUUAUUGCCAUUGAUUGGAUUUCUGGUUUAACCGGUGGUUGGUCCACUAUUAUGAAUGCCAAUGGUGACACUUCUUCCACUUGUUCCGAUGGAUUCUACUGUUCUUACGGUUGUCAAGCCGGUAUGUCCAAGACCCAAUGGCCAUCUUCCCAACCAGCUUCUGGUAUUUCCGUUGGUGGUUUAUUAUGUAAGGGUGGUAAGUUAUACAGAUCUAACCCAGACUCUGACUACUUGUGUGAAUGGGGUGCCAACAAUGUUAACUUUGAAUCUGAAAUUUCCAAGGAUGUUGCCAUCUGUAGAACUGAUUACCCAGGUUCUGAAAACAUGAACAUUCCAACCUUAUUAUCUGCUGGUGGUAGUGCUCCAGUCUCCGUUGUUGACUCCGAUACUUACUACACUUGGAACGGUGGUAAGACUUCUACUCAAUACUAUGUUAACAAUGCUGGUGUUUCUGUUGAAGAUGGUUGUAUCUGGGGUACUGAUGGUUCCGGUGUUGGUAACUGGGCCCCAGUCGUUCUUGGUGCUGGUACUACUGGUGGCAAGACUUACUUAUCUUUGAUUCCAAACCCAAACAAUAAGGAUCAACCAAACUAUAAUAUCAAGAUCGUUGGUGACGACGUUAACGGUAGUUGUCAGUAUGAAAACGGCCAAUACAAUGGUGCUGGCUCUGAUGGAUGUACUGUUACUGUUAACUCCGGUAACGCCAAGUUUGUUUUCUACUAAGUACCUUUUUGAAUCUUAGAACAAUUGCUUUUUGAUAUUAAAAAAAUUUUUUUUUUGUUUAGUUUGAUCUCUUUUUCUGUUUGGGUUUAUUAUACUUUUUCUUUGGAUGCGUUUUGCUGGUUUGCUAUUGUACAUACUAAUACAUCUAUAUAUUAGUUAAGAUCAACUUUUGAUCGCCAGUUCAUUUUUCUAGAUUUCUUGAUACCAAUUAGAUAGAUUUGUAUUUAUAUUUGUAUACUUCAAUUUGAAAAUUACUUUU